UAUACACAGAUGUCAUUAGCGUACAUACACUGAAAAUUCUGAUCCAGGUUGUUAAAAACUUAGUUCAACGUUGGAUAAUCAAGACAGAUAUAUUAAAGAAGAAAACAACUUUAAGUAUGGCUCAGUGGAGUCAGGUCCAACAACUCGAACAGAGAUUUCUGGAGCAAGUUGACCAGUUUUACGAUGACACAUUUCCUAUGGAGGUACGACAUCAGCUGGCAGGAUGGAUAGAGAGUCAGGAUUGGGAUGCUGCGUCUAACAGUGAUUCAUUGGCUGCUAUUCUCCUCCAGAACCUUAUGAUUCAGAUUGAAGACCAAUUAAACCAUGUUUCCCAGGAGAAAAAUUUACUGUUAAGGCACAAUCUUAAGAGAAUCAAGCAACUACUUUUGGGGAAGUACCAUGGAAAUCCCAUGCAUAUGGCAAUGGUGGUUUCCAACUGCCUACGUGAAGAGAGGAGGAUUUUGGCAGCAGCCAGUAUGCCUAUGCAGGGGCCAUUUGAGAAGUCGUUACAAGGUAAUGCAGUUUCAGAAAGGCAGAGAGCAGUAGAAAGCAAAGUGGCAGCAAUCAAGAACAGUGCACAGGUAACAGAGCAAGAUGUGAAAUAUUUGGAGGAUCUGCAAGAUGAAUUUGACUUCAGGUUUAAAACACUACAAAGUAAAGAUAUAUGUGACAAGAAUAAUACUCUCAUAGAACAAGAAAGUUUUACACUGCAACAAAUGCUCAAUACAUUGGACCAAAAGAGGAAGGAAGCGCUUCGGAAAAUAACACAGAUUGUAAAUGAAAUUGAUACUUUGAUGAGUAAUAAGUUGAUGGAAGAACUGAGGGACUGGAAGAGGAGACAACAAAUUGCAUGCAUUGGAGGGCCGCUGCACAGCAGUCUUGAUCAGUUUCAGAACUGGUUCACACUUCUAGCAGAAAGUUUAUUCCAAUUACGAAGACAAAUUCAGAAACUUGACGAGCUGUGGACAAAGGUUACAUAUGAUGGUGAUCCAAUCCCCCAGCAGAAGCAAUAUUUGAUGGAACGUGUGAUUUUCCUACUCUUGAGCCUUUUUCAAAGCGCAUUUAUUGUGGAGAGGCAGCCAUGCAUGCCCACUCACCCACAGCGCCCUCUGGUGCUAAAAACUGAAAUACAAUUCACUGUUAAGUUAAGGCUCCUAGUAAAACUCCCAGAGCUGAAUUAUCAGUUGCGUGUUAAAGCAACCAUUGACAAGGAUCCAUCACAAAAUUUAAGCAAUCGUAAAUUUUAUCUCUUUGGAACACCUAUCAAAGUUAUGAGCAUUGAAGAGUCUGCAAAUGGAAGUCUUUCUGUGGAAAUGAGACAUUUGAAACCAAAAGAAAGCAAGUCAAGCAGUGGAAAUAAAAGCCACGAGGGCUCUCACAUGGUAACAGAAGAACUACAUUCAAUAAGUUUUGAAACUCAAGUAUGCUUGUAUGGAUUAACUAUGGAUUUAGAAACCAACUCACUGCCUGUGGUGAUGAUUUCCAAUGUAAGUCAGUUACCAAGUGCAUGGGCUUCUAUUAUUUGGUACAACCUUUUUACAGCUGAGCCUCAUAUGUGGACACCAACACAACCUCAGAAUCUUUCUUUCUUCGCUAACCCACCUUCAACCAAUUUGAACCAGCUCCUGGAAGUGUUAAGCUGGCAGUUUUCAUCUUAUGUAGGACGGGGACUAAAUUCUGAACAACUCGGCAUGCUGGGAGAAAAACUUGUUGGACAGCCAUUGAACAAAACUGACAAUCAAAUUUCCUGGGCUAGAUUCUGUAAGGAACACUUACCUGGAAAGACAUUUUCAUUUUGGGCAUGGCUUGAAGCAAUACUAGAACUGAUCAAGAAACACCUUCUUGCAAUUUGGAUUGAUGGGUUCAUUAUUGGAUUUGUAAGCAAAGAGAGAGAGAGAAUCUUAUUAAAGGACAAGAUGCCUGGGACUUUUCUUCUGAGAUUCAGUGAAAGUCAUCUAGGGAGUAUUACAUUUACAUGGGUAUUUCAUUCGGAAAGUGAAGUAAGAUUCCACUCAGUGGAACCAUACAAUAAAGGACGAUUAAAUGCUCUUCCUUUUGCGGAUAUCCUCCGAAAUUACAAAGUCAUAGAGGCUGAGAAUGCUCCUGAAAACCCACUGAAAUAUCUGUAUCCAGACAUCCCAAAAGACAAAGCUUUUGGAAAACAUUACAAUAGCCAGGAGACUGAAGCAUCAAGACCCACAGAAAAUAGAGACAAAGGUUAUGUUCCAUCAGUUUUCGUUCCUAUGUCCACACUCCCAUCAAGUGGUACAUCUCCACCUCCUUCUCCACUGGACCUUCCUAUGUCUCCAAGCGUAUUAGCAGCCCUACAUGAGCAUCUCACCCCAAAAGAAAUAGAAAUGGCUAUGAAUUCAUCCUGAUCAGCUGAUGGCAGAAUUUCAAACUCUACAGAAGCAGAACUUUACAUUAUCAACACCUAAACGCUUCCUAAUUCUUGUAAAUAUCGUAUCCUGC